UGGUGUACCAACUCGCGUUUUGCCUUCUGAAGCGUCCACCUGGUUGGCCGCUGCCUGUUGCGCUCCGGCGGCAGCGAAGUGCUCUCGCCCGCGAUGACCUUCCCGCUGGUGUGCUACUGCAACGCGGUGCCCCGGCCCAUCGCCGCCGUGUUCAGGUUCUUCCACGCCACCGCGCUGGCUUUCGUGCUCAUACUCUGCCUCCUCGGCCUCUACGAGUUCCCCUACACCCCCGAGGAGCACGCGGCACUCAUCAGCGGCCGCCGCCGCCGUCCCAACCGGGACGGCACGCUUCCGGAGACGGUGAAGCAGCGGCUGCCCCCCGUCGAGUUCGUCGUGCACCUGGCGGAGCGGUCGCGAUCGUCGACGUCUAAGAGCAGGGCGGCGCCGGCCGGUCGCCACGACGACGACGACGCGAGUACGUGCAGGGUGUGCCUGGAGCGGCUGGAGCUGACGGACGAGGUGCGGCCGCUGGGCAACUGCUCCCACGCCUUCCACAGAGGCUGCAUCGACCGGUGGAUCGACAUCGGCGAGGUGACGUGCCCGCUGUGCCGGUCCAACCUGCUGCCUCGUCAGCGCGGGGGGCUGCUCGCCAAUGCCAGGGCCCGGUUCAGCUAGUUCUCCCUCCGUACCUGCGCGAGGGGCAGUUUUGUCAUUUCAGGCGCGAUGGUACUUGGAUGGGUGCAGCAGGCCUACCGAGGGCUGUUCGCGAUCAGGCCGAUAACCACCGAGCAGUACCUGUGCUAAUCAAUGGGCACACAGAAAAAUUCUUGACCAACUCCUGUUGAGAAAAUAUAUCAAGCAGUACCGUCCGUGUUUAGGGAAGAGAUUGAAUCAGUGAUCACAAUAAAGACUGGGCGAUUGAGAAUUCGGGAUGGGCUGGCAAUGUGUCCUGCAUCCGUCAAAUCCAGUGCACUGUUCUAUCUUCUGGAAUUGUUGGGUACGAAGAUGCAUCGGUGUUGACACGUUGUUAUCGAUGAUUAAUUUCUUCUCGUUGCUCA